UAGAACAUGGCAUUGCUAAUUAUACUGAAUACCUACUUAAUAAUUAUUCUUGCUGCUUCCCAGCCUUGCCAGACCCCUGAGGACUUUGUGGCUGCCACUUCUCCAGGACACAUCAUGAUUGGAGGUUUGUUUGCCAUUCAUGAAAAAAUGCUGUCUUCAGAAGACUAUCCCAGACGACCACAAAUCCAGAAGUGCAUUGGCUUUGAAAUAUCAGUAUUUCUUCAGACUCUUGCCAUGAUACACAGCAUUGAGAUGAUCAAUAAUUCAACACUAUUAUCUGGAGUCAAACUGGGCUAUGAAAUCUAUGACACUUGUGCCGAAGUCACCGUGGCAAUGGCAGCUGCUCUGAGAUUUCUUUCUAAAUUCAACUGCUCCAGAGAAAUUGUGGAGUUUAAGUGUGACUAUUCUAGCUACAUGCCAAGGGUUAAGGCUGUCAUAGGUGCUGGAUACUCAGAAAUAACCAUAGCUGUCUCCAGGAUAUUGAAUUUACAACUCAUGCCACAGGUGAGUUAUGAAUCAACCGCGGAAAUACUAAGUGACAAAAUUCGCUUUCCUUCAUUUUUCCGGACGGUGCCCAGUGACUUCUAUCAAACUAAAGCAAUGGCCCACCUGAUUCAGAAAUCUGGAUGGAAUUGGAUUGGGAUGAUAACCACAGAUGAUGACUAUGGACGGUUGGCUCUCAACACUUUUGCAAUUCAGGCUGCAGCAAAUAAUGUGUGUAUAGCAUUCAAAGAGGUUCUCCCUGCUUUCCUCUCAGAUGGUACUAUUGAAGUCAGGAUCGAUCAGACACUCGAGAAGAUCAUUGCAGAAGCCCAAGUUAAUGUCAUUGUGGUAUUUCUGAGGCAAUUUCAUAUUUUCAGUCUCUUCAAGAAAGCUCUUGAAAGGAAUAUCAAUAAGAUCUGGAUUGCUAGUGAUAAUUGGUCAACUGCCACCAAGAUCACCACCAUCCCUAAUGUUACUAAGAUUGGCAAAGUUGUGGGGUUUGCCUUUAGAAGAGGGAGUAUGUCCUCUUUCCAUUCCUUUCUUCAAACUCUGCAUAUGUUUCCCGGUGACUAUAACAAACCCUUACAUGAAUAUGCCAUGCUUUUGUCUACCUGUGCAUAUGUUGAAGACCAUGAUUUGAGUCAAUGCAUUUUCAACCAUUCUCAGGGGACUUUGGCCUACAAGGCUAACAAAGCUGUAGAAAGAAACUUCUUCAUGAGAAAUGACUUUCUUUGGGAUUAUACGGAGCCAGGACUUAUUCAUAGCAUUCAGCUUGCAGUGUUUGCCCUUGCUUAUGGUAUUCGGGAUCUGUGCCAAGCUCGAGACUGUCAGAACCCCAACGCGUUUCAACCAUGGGAGUUACUUAAUGUGCUGAAAAAUGUGACAUUCACUGAUGGAGGAAACUCAUUUCAUUUUGAUGCUCAUGGCGACUUGAAUACUGGAUAUGAGGUUGUGCUCUGGAAGGAGAUCAAUGGCCACAUGACUAUCACCAAGAUGGCAGAGUAUGACCUGCAGAAUGAUGUCUUCAUUGUCACAGACCAAGAAACAAAAGAUGAGUUCAGAAAUCUAAAGAAGAUUCCAUCUAAGUGCUCCAAGGAAUGCAGCCCUGGAGAAAUGAAGAAAGCUACAAAAAGUCAGCACAGCUGCUGCUAUGAAUGUGUGAACUGUCCUGAAAAUCACUACAGCAAUCAGACAGACAUGGAUCGCUGCUUUUUAUGCAACAACGAAACUCACUGGGCCCCUGUAAGGAGCACUAGGUGCUUUGAAAAGGAAGUGGAAUAUCUGAACUGGAAUGACUCUUUGGCUAUCCUGCUCCUGGCCCUCUCUCUUCUGGGAAUCAUAUUCGUUCUCGUGAUUGGCAUAAUAUUUACAAGAAAUGUGAACACGCCUGUUGUAAAAUCAUCAGGGGGAUUGACGGUCUGCUAUGUGAUCCUCUUCUGUCACUUUCUCAACUUUGCCAGUGUGGGCUUUUUCAUUGGGGAGCCACACGACUUCACGUGUAAAACCAGGCAGAUGCUCUUUGGCGUGAGCUUUACUCUCUGUGUCUCCUGCAUUUUAGUGAAGUCCCUGAAAAUUUUGUUAGCCUUCAGCUUCGAUCCCAAGUUGCAGAACUUCCUUCGAUGCCUGUAUAAACCAGUCCCCAUUAUCUUCACUUGCACAGGUAUCCAGGUAAUCAUUUGCACAUUCUGGGUUAUUUUCGCAGCACCUGCUGUGGAGGAGAAUGUCUCCUUGCCCAGAGUCAUCAUCUUGGAAUGUGAGGAAGGGUCCACACUUGCAUUUGGCACGAUGCUGGGCUAUAUUGCCAUUCUGGCCUUCAUUUGCUUCAUAUUUGCCUUCAAAGGCAGGAAGUUGCCUGAGAAUUACAAUGAAGCCAAAUUUAUAACAUUUGGCAUGCUCAUUUACUUCAUAGCUUGGCUCACAUUCAUCCCCGUCUAUGCUACCACAUUUGGCAAGUAUUUGCCCGCUGUGGAGAUUAUCGUCAUUUUAAUAUCUAACUACGGGAUCCUGUGUUGCACAUUCUUCCCCAAGUGCUAUGUUAUUCUUUGUAAGCAAGAGACUAACACAAAAUCUGCCUUUCUCAAAAUGAUUUACAAUUACUCUUCCCAUAGUGCAGGCAGCCUCGCCAUGAGUCAUGUUUCACUGGACUCUACUAACAGCAAUAUCACAAUGGCCAAGCCCAGCUUUAGUGACAAAUCUACAGCCUGGCAGAAAAGCAAAGAUCUCCAGGCACAAACUUUUGCACACAUCUGCAGAGAAAAUGCCACAAGCCUAUCUAAAACUUUACCUCGAAAAAGAAUGUCAAGUAUAUAAAUGAGCCUUAGGACAGAACACAGGCUGGAAUGAAAUAUUUCCCGGGUCUUUUCAUCUAAGAAGUACAUUUGCUUUCUCAUUAAAUAUCUCCUAUGUGCUUCUUCAUUUGAAACCAUCUUCACCAAAUUUUCGCUAAACACUUGCUUUGUCCAACACCUAUUUAACAUGAACUUACAAAAUGAACCUCCUUUCAUUCCCUACCACUUCCAUUGGCUGCCAUCUUUACCUCCUUCUUCUUGGGCACGUAGUUAAGAGCAUCUCUUCUAUUCAGUUAACUCAUAAGAUAACACCCAUAUUCCAUCCUUCACCAUCUCUUUCCAAACUCUGUGUGGGUUCUCCUCUCUUGAGCAGCGUUACCCUUCCCCCCUUCCACUGCUCAGUGAAGUUGAACAAGCAUCUGAGCAAUUACCAUGUGGCAGGUGAUAUGCUAAAUGCAAAGGUAUAAGCAGCAGCAAUGUGUCAUCCCCAGCUCAGGAGCCCAAAAUCACGGGGAGACAGUCACAUAUAGACAUCUUCAAGUCAGUGUGAGCAAGUUUAUAAUUAUAAUGUGCAGCUGACUCUACAACAGUGUAGUGAAAUAUACUUAGCCACUCCAGGGGGGGAAUGACAGGAGGGUUUAAGAGAAGGCUAAAUAAAGUGUGUGAUGUUUAGGUGAAGCCCUGAAGGAUUAGCUAAAUAAAGACAAUAAGAUAUUGAAUAAAUGUAAACUGGAAAUCACAAUUUAAGUAAAUAAAUAUUUCUGCGCACACACACACAUCUGAUUAAAAAAAAAAAAAAAGACAUGACAGAAAAGUGUUCA